AAGAGUGGGGGUUUACAGCCAGGUCUAGAGAGACAACUCACCAUCUCAUUCAGCAGCUUGAGGAUGCUGAUCGUGAGCUCCUUUCCUGCAUGUAAAAAGGAUUCACAUUGACUCUGAUCAAGAAACAAUUGGCACAGCAAAGCUCGCAUCUGAAGGGAUGUUCCUGAGCGAGCAGCCACUCAUGACAUGAACUUCUGGACACACCCAUUGAGAUAAAAAAAAUAAAAAUAAAACUGAGGUGAUUCAUCCGACGAACUCAGAGCAAGCAGCAGCCCACUUCCAAUUGUCAUGGCAACAGCACGUGAAUGCAUUGGGCCAUAGGUGCAGACUGUAGAGUGGAUGUAGGAGUGCGGCAUCGGAAGCCACAGCUCUAUCUCCUGAAGCAAGCUGUAAGCUGAAUGAAUAGUGAAACCCUGUUCUCUAAAGAGGAGCCAUCUCACCAAGGAUCCAUCUCUGCUCAGCCAAUCAGCCUGUGAUCUGCCCGGUCUCUCAGGCCUGUCUCUGAUGCCAUGGAGCACAGGGCCCUGAUGUGUACCAGUCAACCCUGGAAGGGGCCCAAAGGCUCCACCUUCACCCCCAACUGGGACGCCCCAUCAUGUCGACCAACCGCGACGUCCGCUUGCCCUGACGUGGUAAAGUCCCCGUGCCAAUAUGCUGCAAACAUAUGUCACCCUUCAGAAGCCCCUGUGACCUCGCAGUCCCAGCAGAUUGGCCCCCACGCCUCAACAUCCUCUGGGUUCUCUGCCACUGCCAACACUGCCAGUAGAAAAGGUGAAAAGGAGUGUAAUAUAGUCAUCCCCAUUCAAAAUGAGGAGACGGUCCUGCCAGCAUACAACCCUGUGUUUCGCGGACGCUCCUUCUCCGCAGCCACUGCCUCACACCCAGUCCCACCCAGAAGCAGAUGUGACAGCUACGUCCACCUAUGCCCUGACAACGGCUCAGAGGACACUAGCAGAGGCGACGCCUCCCAGUUGAGCCCAGACGUCUCCCCUGAUCACGGUGGUUCACGGUCGCGGUCCCGCAGCAUCAUCCUGAGGAAGACCAAGAGGAGGCCGGCGCCGCCAACCCGUAGCGUGUCCCUCCGGAGAGAAUCUGCCACCAAGCUCAGAGACAACAGGACUAAGAGCCUUUAUAUCGACAGGGACCCUGACCCCCAUGACUCCUUCCUGCCUGACCUCAUCCUCAUCUCCACACCGAGGACAGAGGAGGCGCUGGGCCUGGAGCAGUCCCCUGCUCAGCCUGUACAGGCCCGGGUUGGGCCACCAGUCAACGACAAUGGGCAGCUACGUGAAGUAAGGUCUAUUGAGCCCUGCUGUCUCAUGUCAAGCUCAGGUCCUGCUAUGGGUAUUACUGUAAAUGAGGGAAGAAAAUCCUCCAGCAGGUCAGAAUCAGUCAGACCCCUUCCCCCCUUGCAACGCCCACAGUCUCUAACUUGUAAGCAGUCCCCCUUCCAACAACUUGCCUCAGUCUCUCCCUCCAGUGGCCAGUCCAGCUCUCAGUGUGAGACUCGUCCCCCUCCUGUCCUCACAUCUGCCAUCACAGGACCCUCCCCCUUGGGCUGCAGGAUGCGCCCCAAGUCCUCCACCUCGCCCACCUCCCCCAGAGCCAGGACCAGCAGGCUGCGGCUAUCCCUGGAGUUGCCAGGGGUCGUCCCUCUCCCAGACCCGGCGGCGGUCAAACCCAAAGCCACCCGGCGCCACUCAGAGUCCUCUGAGUCGUCUGGCACCACCAGACCCAGACAGAGGCUGAGCUCCAGCAUGAUGGUGAUGCCUGUGGUGACCCAGGAGGAGCUCAGCAAUGUGCGUUUGCGUUCUGUCAGCAGCUCAGACUCUGACAAAGGCCUGGAGGGCUCACCUGAAGUCAUCAGGGAGGAGGAGCUGGAACAGGAACAGGAGUUGGAUUGCUGCCCACUGGUCCACCACAGUCCUAAAGCUAAACCACCUGUUGCUGCUAAGCCACCUGCACACAAAUGUCCACCGAUACAUUUGGCAAAGUCUUCCUCAGUCUCUACUCAUUUCUCAGAGACCGUUCCAGCCUCACCAAGAGAGAGCCAGGGGGACAUGUAUAUGGUGGAAAGGAGACCAAAACCUAAAAGGUCGCAUCAGCUUCCUCGUGUUGCCAGUGAUGGGGUUAUGGUUGAGAGGCAGCAAGCUGUAGACAGGCAACAGUAUGAUGUGAUUGACCCACACCCACCACCCGCCUCCUGCCAUUCAGAGACCAGGGAUGUGAGAAGGACCUCAUUUCUCCUAGCUGAACUGGAUAGGAAGAAGAAGUUGGUUCCCCCUCCAGUCGCAAAGAAACCGGACGUCCUCUUCAUGUCCUCCAUCAGCUCACUGGGACAAAAGAGUAAUAGGAGCCAUGUCUGGUCUGGGCCCAGUGGUGCUUACCAGUCUCCUGCCACUGCAUACCAGUCUCCUGCUAGUGAUUACCAGUCUCCUGCUAGUGCUUACCAGUCUCCAGCCAGUGCUUACCAGUCUCCAGCCAGUGCAUACCAGUCUCCAGCCAGUGCAUACCAGUCUCCAGCCAGUGCAUACCAGUCUCCAGCCAGUGCAUACCAGUCUCCUGCCAGUGCAUACCAGUCUCCGGCCAGUGCAUACCAGUCUCCUGCCAGUGCAUACCAGUCUCCGGCCAGUGCAUACCAGUCUCCUGCCAAUGCAUACCAAGACAAAGACUAUACUGGACAAGAUCUCAACCAUCACAGUAUAAGAGAUGGGUUCUUCCUCGAUGAGAACUGUGAAGGGAGGAGGGCAAUGCCCCAGAUGAGAACACUGUGCCUCGGGGAGCAGGAGGAGGAAGAGUUGGAGCACAACUCACAGUCAACUACUGAGGACCUAUUCACCAUCAUACACAGGUCCAAGAAGAAACUCCUGGGUCGCAAAGAAACAGCUGACAGCAGACAAGGUUACGGAUCCCCCAUUAAAGGCAUCCAGGGGGUUAUCCAGAAGUCAAGCUCCAAAAAUGACAACUUCAUGGCUUUUCUGCAGAGGCGGAGGAGCAACAAACCCAACUCUGGGGAGAGACUGUCAGCCGCUGAACUGCUGAAGAGCACCAAACCACUGGUCGGUCAACCAUAGAGCAUCAAACAACUCCAAUGUUCAUGUUUCUCAACGUGUUGCAAACACGUAUCACUCAAUAUGGGGCAUGAGAGUAUUGUGGACAAUCAGGGACGGGGGGGGACUGGGACGGGGGGAGGCUAUUGUUUAUAUUGCUUUAUGUGCUACACCGACAACUUGUUUCUGUGAUGGCAAUACAGCGUACAGAGGUCUAACUGUGAAUAUGACAACAUGUCGGCCAGCUGUGUUUUGCUUAUGAGCUGAGACAAUCUGAUCACGUCAACAUAUUUUUCUUGCCUUGACUUGUGAUGCUUACACCAUUUGUUUUUGAGCUGCCAACAUUUGUGCUUUUGGUCAUGUGUCGCUCAGAAAUAAAACAGAAGCUGCUUGUGUGUCUAUGACAAGAUCAUUAGUAUGCGUCUGACCUAACCCACUGCUGCCCAAAACGGAUGCCCUUAUUUACUCGGACAAACUAACGGCUCGACGUGAUUGCUGUUUUAUUGACUGGCUUUUCAUCAAUGAAUAAUUCCUCCAGUGUCAGGGUUAUUGAACUGAUAUCAAUUCAAGAUAUGUUCAAGGGACAAUGUUUUCGCCCAAUAUUUCCCUAUUACAAUUACAUUGCAUUCAAAAUUGGUAAACUGGUAGGGCUGUGAAAAUGAGCAAUUUAAGUAAUUCAAGAACUUAGUCACUCAAAAGUGGGGAUUGCUACACAUUCAAGCCAAGCAUGGGGACUCUGAGCAUGAGGGGUGUUACUAAGAGUGGUAGAGAUAGAUAGAUGGGAUUUAAUAUAUUAAAUGUAUACAUAUAAUUGUAUAUAUAAUCCACAGGUAAUUUGCCCUAGGUCCUCAAUGUGUCACUCCUGAUACUAUAUGACUGACUGGAUUACAAGCGUUUAGUAUUUCACUCCCACUACUAAGGUCCACUCUAAGUUUCAAUUUCAACAUGGUUUUCCUGUUCAGUGUUAGAGUGGGAACAUCCCUGGAUUGAAGAGACCUUAAUGUUCCAGAAGGGGAGAAUUUGUGCUAAAAUGGUGAGGACUUGUCUAAGCUGAGGCUGGAUGAUGGUGCACCCGCCAAAUACAAGUUUGUGUAUCAAUGUCGGCUAGCAGCGUAUCAAUAGAUUGUGAGAUAUCACUCAUCUUUGACCUCUGACCCCAUCAGGUGAUAGGAGGGCUGCUUUCUUUAUGAAGUCAAUGUUCAAAUGCAUUGCUCUUAUAAAUCAAUGAAUGAUAUUUAAAUGUUUGGGGAAUGUAGUAUAGAGUAGUAUAGUUAUAGUAGUAUAACUAUACAGUAGUAUAGUUAUCCUAUAUACAGUGUCCUAUAUAACACAAGACGUGUCUACUUUCUGGUCUCGGAUGUCUCUCUUAAAGAAUUAGAACUUCGUUUAAAAUGUCAUUUCAGGUUAAUUCCAACAAAUAAUACGUGUGACUGAGUUGGAUUUAGUGAUGUCUCACAACGUCUUUCAAAAGGAUACGUAGUGAUGUCUCACAACGUCUUUCAAAAGGAUACGUAGUGAUGUCUCACAACGUCUUUCAAAAGGAUAUGUAAUAAGGGUUCGUUUUCAUGUCACACGAAAUAUAAGGAUAAUUGUAUGAUAUGAUAUUUAUGAUAUUUUACAAGCGAGGUUGAAUAUGUGAAUUGAGUUUGUUUUUCUCUCGAAUCACAAUUCUAACACAUGGAGCUGGAACGACAGGUUGAGUACGGUUCUACUGAGGAUUAGACAGGUCGCUGUGACAGUGCUAGUAGGCAGGUGUCGAUGGGGACAGAGAGAGGGCUUUUUCUAUCUGUACUCCCUGUCUGCCUUGAUUAGAUUAGCAUCACCACACAUGAUGAAUA